AUGUCCGACGAAGCGAAGAGAGUAAACGACGACCUUCCGUCAUCAUCUCAAUCGUAUGUGUGCAUUCAUUGCAUGACACCGGCCGACUCACUCUACAAGACGUACCCGAGUUUCAUUCGAAUGACCCAAUGUAAAGAAUGCGACAACGAUGUGGAUAAAUAUGUGGAAUACGACAGCGUUCUUGUCGUCAUCGAUCUACUGCUACAGUACUCCGAAGCGUAUCGACAUAUUCUCUACAAUCGAGGCAUUCAGCAUUUUUCCCGUCUACUCACCAUAUUUCUCUUUUGUGGGGCAUACGAGCGAUGGAUCGAAGCACGACAAAAUCAAGAAAAGGUCUUCGAUUUAGAAUGGAGGUUCUACUUGUGUUUGCUCGAGAGCACCGUUGAAAUCGGGAUCUACGUCUUGAGCGCGUUGGUGCUGGAGUUUUUCUUGAAAGGUUCUUUGAAACGCGCAGCUUUUGUAUCAAAAGCCGUCGUUGCCGGGUUUUAUGGUCGUGUUUGUGUGGUGUUAUCAAUAAUCUUCCAUCUCUACUCAGAACCGUCUUACCGCAUACUCACACAGCUUUUCCUUUUGAUUUCCCACUUUCAAAUAUGCAGAGCUCUGCACCCUCAACUUUCCCUGAUGCGAGCUGUUGUUUUCGUCUGCCUAUCAACAUUGUUCGCUCAAAUUUUACCACCAAUAAUGAUGGCUUCUCCUAAU